CAUGAGGGAAUCGGAGAGCAGAAAAGAUGCCAACUUGGCUGCGAUGAGUGGGUAGUGAGGGGCGCGUCGUGUGAAGGAGGUACAGGGCCAUGAAAUGCGGCAAGUUGUGUACUACCAGUGUAGCGCAAGUGUGGUGAGGAAACAGCUUGACAGUGAGGUCGAGGGGGCAUUUCCUCCACGCUUGCCCUUUCACCUAGCACCUCUACCCCGGGCCGUAACGGAGCAGCGCCCUCUCAGCUCGGGAGAUUUCAACGAUAUUAAUAUUGCAAAGUAGCGAUCAUUAAGGUACAGUAUACAUUUGUGUAUUUUGAACAAUUUCAGACUGUGGAAAUCCAGAAUUAAGCAAGGAUGGAACCAUUAAUAAGCUUCCCGUCAAAACUAAUAGCGCAAUAUGGAGCAACUGUGAUUUAGAUGAUAGUUGCUGAUACUUCCACGUACCCUACCAGCCCCAUGUGGCACUACACGUCCCUCGCCAAGCCCCGGGCGACGGGUGAGCAACGCCAUCUCACGGUAGCCUUGCCCCCAUGCCCUCACCACUACCACAACCAUCUCAGCCUUACCACCUCUGUCCUCACCAUUGCCCGCCUCACGCCCCUGCUACUAGCCUCCGUCUGGCUGCUGGUGGCUGGGGCGAUGGGAACAGUGGUUGAGGAGAGAUAUGGACAUUGGUUGAAACUGGCGGAAGGAGACGAGAGGAUGCGCGCUCAACCCCCAGAGGUCUUCCUGCGUCGAAGGGAGGCUGCGGCGCAGAGUAUCGCCGUAGAGGUGCUGGUGGACGCCCUCACCGUGCAGAUUCUCGCUGAUGGCCUGCAGGUGUUACGCCAACACAAUGUAUCGACAAAGAUUACCCCAACCAACUACACCACAGGCCACCGCGGCGUUCACGUGGCGGCCCUGCACCCGAGCCACGCCUUCCUCACCCUGUCUGCUUACUUCCGCACGUGGCAGCCUCGCGCUGCUAAGGGCUUAAGGGACACUCUGGCCAGCCUGCAGCCUGGCUCACUAGUUGUCCUCGCCGCACCGGGUGACUGGACGCUGUUUUUGGACCAGAAGACGAGUGAUUUCCUGAUGGAGUUCCUUCAAGGCUGGUGGGUGGGAGACGUGUGCCUGGGAGAGAUGUGGGUGGCGGUAGCUACCGUGGGCGGGAAACUGUGGGCUGAGGUAGCCACCAGUAUGCGCACUUUAUCAAACAAAAAUUCCUCGCCUCUCCACCUGACAGUGCAAGUGCCUCGCCGUCCUUCAGGAGUGGCAGCAGAGUGUGAAGAGCGAACAGACACAAAGAAAAUCAAGUUUUGUGAAGAGUACGAGGGCUAUGGGGACUGGUGUGGCUGCCCAGGCCUGUCUCUUUCCCCUGACCUGGCUCCCCCAAUGGAUGUGAAGGAACAAAUACCAAUUGUUAUCGUCACAGCCAGACACCAAUUUAAAGUUCUUCGUCAGAUUCGGCAGCUGUGGUCUCAAGCAGGUGGAAGUGUCACCCCAAUCCUUCUAUCAGUGGAUGGGAACCAAAAGGAGGCAUUGGAUUUUGCACAGGUGGUGGGUCUGCCUGCAGUAUUCCAUAAUAAUCCAGCUCCCCCUGGCAGCAACAUCAGGAUAAAUGAACACAUUAAAUUCUCCAUCUUUCAAGCCUUUAAGCACUUCUCAUCAGCAGACAAGGUUAUUGUUUUGGAGGAUGAUCUCAUCCUGGCACCAGACUUUAUAAGAUACUUCCAUCAAACAGCACCACUUCUUGAUGCUGAUGACACCAUCUUUUGCAUCAAUGCCUAUAACUACAACAGCUUCACUCCCUUUGCCAUGGACACCUCCAGGCUGUACCGGGAGGACAUCCUGCCUGCCUAUGGGUGGAUGGUGAACAGACGGUGGGCACAGGAGAUCCUUCCUCUCUGGCCCAAACACAGCCAUGCAGUUGACUGGGACUGGUACCUACGAGGCAUGAUCCAGAGCAGCUCUGGGAGAGACAUUGUCACUCCUGAGGUGUCACGGACCAAGCAUGACGGGAAUGGUGGUGUGCAUGUGACAGGCUGGGAGCAGGGUGGCUACUUUGACCGCAGAGCUCUCAACAGCAACCCUCAGGCUGUAGUCAACAUAUCUUACCUGACAUCUGAAGUCUAUGAGAGAUUCCUGCAACAGGAGCUAAGCACAGCCACACUCCUGCAGAUCACUACACAUCCUUGUGUCAAGCAGUACAUCCCACAGACCAAGGUGGGCAGCUUUCUGAUCUACUACUAUGGGCAAACAGAAAAAGAUGAUCUGCUCAGCUAUUUUACUCUGGUUGGGUGUUUCGGGGGAUACGAGAAGGGACGCAUGGAGCACCACCAUCUCAUGCACACCAUUGGAUACUAUGGCAAUGCUGUCUAUCUGGUGGCCUGCCCUGGUUCGGCAUACUGUACAGUGAAGGCAGAGGACUACCCAAGACUGGUAUACACAGCCUCCCUGAAGGACGUGGAGCAGACCCGCCGCCACAUUGAUGACAUCAUGCAACACGUACACGUCCCAAACAUCAAGAGAAGAGUGCCACCAUUUGAACCACUGGAGGAAUUCGCUAUGGAAAAUUAUAUUUUUAUCAACACAACAUUCACUUACAGGGAAAUUACUAGCUAACACUGCUGAAAUUAAACUAAUACCUGUCUUUUCAACAUUAUCACUGCUAAAAAGCCAAGAAAUGUCAGACAAGCUGCUCAUAACUACAUAGUUUAACAAGCUGGUGCCAUCAG